UAUUUUUGUAAAUAUUUUCUUAAAUAUUUCUUUUUUCCCCCAAAACCAAACCCUAGAAACACAAAAUACAAUUUACUCAAAUCCGAAAAAUUGGUUUAAUUCAUUUAAAGGAAUAAUCCAAUUUGUGAUCAGAAACUUCAUAAGUUGAAUUAUUGCUUCAAUUUUACUAAAGAAGGUUAUCGGGUUUGAGCUGAGAAUCAUGAGGUUUAAAAGGGGAAGCAAAGUGGAGGUAAUAAAUACGAAGAAAUUGGUUACGAAUCAGGAAAUUGGUCAAGUUGUGGAGGUAUUUGAUGAAUCUUCUUGGAAGGCUGCUAAAAUUGUGAAGGUUCUGGAUAGAGACUAUUAUUUGGUACGACAGACUGGAUGCUUGAAGGAGCUUUGUGUGCACAGAUCAAACACCAGAGUGCUAACAUAUUGGCAAGAUGAGGAACGGGACUUGAAAAGGAAGGGAUCUGGAUUGUGUGGGAGACCUGACCAACUAUCAGCUUUAAAACCUGCUAAAAAGGUGAGCAAGGUCCUGUCUUUUAGCGCAAGGAAUAGAUCUCUGGUUGCGGAUGAUCAUUUAGCUUCUCAGGAGUGUACUGAGUUGCGGAAGUCUCAUAUUAGCUCUUCGUUAUUACUGAAUAGGGUAUCCCAAGUUGCCCUCUCUAAAAAUGAAACCUUUAGAAACAUUCAGGAUUUAGAGGCAACUGAGAGAGCUUUUAAAAGACGGAGAGUGGUGCCAGCUGUCUUAAAGGGACAAGUCAAUGUUAGUGCCAAGUGCAAAGAGAAUAUAAUGGGUGAGAAAUAUGUAUCUGAUGGAUAUUGUGCAUUGGAGCAAACCAAAAGAAGUGAUGCCUGUUCCGUUGGUAGUUGUAGUAUCAACGAUAAAUUUUCUAACUUAUCCCCAGAAGAAGUAUGCAGUGAUGCAGAGUCUUUUCAAGAUUCUGCAGAUAAGGAGGAAGUAGCAGCAGGUAUUCAUAGCUUGGAGUUACAUGCUUAUCGGUGCACUUUGGAGGCAUUGUAUGCGUCCGGUCCCUUAAGUUGGGACCAAGAAGCAUUGUUAACUAAUCUUCGAAUCUCGCUCCAUAUUUCAAAUGAUGAACAUUUAGCAGAGCUGAAGACUUUAAUUUCUGCUGGAACUGGUUUUCAUAUCAGUUGAUUUUGUUUUCUGCCUUUGUAACAAGCAUGAGAAUAGGUGUUUUGUUGAUAUUUUUGUCUUUGUUGUUUACCUCCAUCCUUGUAGACUGUUAUACAAUUGUAACUAUGUUAUCAUGCCUUAUAUUCUUGGAAAGAAAUAAACUUCUAUCUUUUUCAAAUGCAUUUCUUUGUGAACCUUGUAAUA